UAAGACCCAGAGCAGAGCAGCUGUCAGAAGCGGUAAAUAUAGCAGUGUUGUGGUGUGUGCGCGCUGUUCUGUGUGUUGUGUCGGUGUGCGGGUCAGAACAGCUCCGGGUCAUCAUGAGGAGGCCUGAACACACCGGAUCCGUCUGAGCUCUCCUGUCAGUACGAAGCGAACAUGGCGCGUCUUUAAAGCACAAACUGAGCGUGAAGAUCAGCCGCACGCACCAGUUACCUGUGAGCCUCAGUGACAGUGUAAGGAAGCCCACGAGGGUCAGUUCUUCCACAGCCUAACCAGGAUGUUGCAGCUGUGUAAAGUCACCAACGCCCUGUUCAUCAGUAACGCCCGCUCAGCCUGCAGCGACGAGCUCAUCCAGCAGGAGGCGGUGACGCUCUGCAUCAACGUGUCCAAGCAGCAGCCGUUUCCCUCCAGCAGCAUCAACAAGCUGCAGAUACCCGUCUAUGAUGACCCCAACGAGGACCUGUACAGCCACUUUGACCGCUGUGCCGACACCAUCCAGAAGGAGGCGAACCGCGGCGGACGCAGCAUCGUCUACUGUAAGAACGGACGCAGCCGCUCGGCCACGAUCUGCAUCGCCUACCUGAUGAAGCACCGCAAACUGUCCCUGACAGACGCCUUACAGAAAGUGAAGACGGCUCGUCACGUGAUCGACCCGAACCCCGGCUUCAUGUCUCAGCUGCAGAGAUAUGAAGAGGAGCUGAAGCGGAGACGAGGAAAGUCCUGAUCCUUCUUACAAACCUCAGAGUCCUGAUGUGAAAACUGAAGCAGCGGAAAAGCUUCUUCACCUCUGUCCUCCUCGUCUGCAGGAUUUUACUCUGCCGUCUCUUCAUUUAAGGCUUAGAUGAAUGAAUUAACCUCUAGAUUACGUCCUGUUUUUAAAAAGAAGCACCAACAAAUAUGUAUUGAACUUAUUUUAAUGUUAGGAUACUGAAGAUAUCUGAGUGUCUAAAAUGUGACCUGAUAAAAAAAAUCUUUAAGGAAAGUUUUUAUUACAAAACUGAACAAGUGGCGCUGAUGAGAAAAAGUAUAGAAAUAAAAAAGAAAGAAAUGUGAAAUUAGGUCAAAUAACACAAGAAUGCAGAUUAACUAUAAAACUUGAACUAAGCUGAAGUGAAGGUGGAACUGUAUUACCUCUAAGAUAAACUGAAUAUACACUCUACAUGAUGUUCAUCUAUAGAAUAAGAGGCUCAUUUAUUGUACGUAAUCACAAUAACUUUAUUUUUAUAGACUUUUACUUUGUUACAAAGAACAAGGAGACCGGACAAUAUUUUGUGGAAAAUAGAAGAAGAAGAGAUCAAAAAGAGCGGAGGGUCCAAGUUAUCCAGUUAUCAGUUAUGAGGGCUGAUCUAUCAGGUUGCAACUGACCACUGGUUUCACUAUCGAUUACUUUGUGGCCAAUCCUUCUUUUUUAAAUGAAAAUAAAAUACUUUAAACCACAAUUGACAACAAAAUAGUAUAAAAAAGGAUUGUUUCUAUGCUCGUCCUCCCAUUGGUUCACUAAUCAUGAGAAAAUUAUAAAAGAAUGGUCUGUAUUUCUGUCUAAACACUGAGCUUUGUUUUCUUGUCCAGCUCAGGUCUGAGCACACGUGGCUGCAGUUCCACAUUUUACCUCCAGGGGGAAGCAUUUACAACGAAAAUAAUGCAGACCUGUGAACGCAUGAUGAGUCAGGCUCCUCUUUAAUUUGAUCCGAAACAUUUAAAAAAAUCCACAAAGAAGCUGAGGGAUGAUAAUAAAUUGUGACGUGAGAUGUCGAUCUUCAUCAGCGCCUCUCUUGUGAACCUGAUUAAAUGAGAACUCACCUGGAUUUUACUCUGACAGGAUGUAACCUUAGGAGGCUAUCUCACUGAUCCCAGGUCAGUUUCACUGUAGAGCAUGGAUGAUGUUACCCUAUGAGUUUCAGUUAAGCUGCGGUAAUAUGGUGACAUUUCCAGUUACUUAAGCCUCUCCUGUUAAAACCUGUGAAAGAAAUUCUCACCAAACCUUUACAUUUAUUAUUUGUCAAAGAAUUAUUUCCCAGGAGGCUCCAUCUAACUUUACCCGAGAUUAAUUGUCUUAAAAUCUCCAACUAUUUGGAUUCAAACUAACCGAUCUUUCCUUGAAAGUUUUGAAAAUUUAAAAAAUGGUUUAUAAAAGGUUUGCAGUAUUGUUUAAACAUUCAGUUUAUUUUAAGAUCAAAAAUCAUUACAGUGUGAAAAUGUUAAAAUAUUGAUCUGAUUGUGGAAUUGUUCAUUUAAAUAUGUGAAAAGUUUUAAUUUUCCAGAACAGAAAUCUUCAAAUGUUUUGUGUUGUCAUACUAAAGUCAAAGGUUGUUAUAAGCGAGAAGUUUGAAAGAUUUUUUGGGUGAAUCACUAUAUAAAACUGACAAUACUGUUAAGAUCAAGUAACAGUUCAUAGAACUAAAAUAUUCUAUGAAUCAGCCUCUGAAUGAUUCUCGAGAAAACUUUCUUCCUGGACACGAACAGAAAAGCAACAUGUUCCUGAUAUUUUAUCUUUCAAUAAACAAACAAAAACAAAAAAACAGUUGUGCACAGAUUUGGAUACAUAUCCAAAGAUCAAAUUGGAGACAGACCUCGCUGUGUGUGGUGGACUUUUGUCCCUAAUAGAAGAAACAAAGAAAGAAGAUUAAUUAUUAAUGUAAAAUAGCACAAAAUCUUAAAACUGUGCAUAAAAACAAAAGAACACAAACAAACAAAAAUGUCUUGCCUUAAAGAGCCACUGAAUUAUUAAUAGUCUGUUUUUUAAUGCGCCAUCAAAUGUCUUAAAGUUGUGUAAAUAUACAACAUAUAAAAUACUCAGGUUAAAAUAGUAGAAAAGAAACAAACAAACUCAAGUACAUUCGUGGGAAACGGUCUGAAUUUUUAACAUUUUGGCAGCUUAUUAAGCCUGAAAGAUAAAAUGUCUCGUGAUGUAAAAGAUGUGAGGAAAUAUCCUGUUAGGAUCAUUUUUCAGCCCAAUUUCACAAAGUCUGUGAAAUUCAGCAGUUUUAGAUGUUAAAUGUGUUCUGUGAGUUUUAAUGCUGCUUCUGGUUAAUAAUUAUCUUUUAAUAAACAAAACAAAAAAACCUUGUGAAAAUCUUUGGUGUCUGCAGAGUCUUACUGUUGAUCUCAGGUGUGUCCUCCUUGUUGUGGUGCUGCCAUUUGGAUCUAAAAGCAAUGAUUUUAAUUGCACAGAUAUUAUUUAAACCACCUGUGACCUCAGUUUUUAUUGCUUUUAUAAUCUAUGAUUAUAAAAUUUCUGUGUUAAUUAAAAGGUUUUACUGUAAGAGGAGCUUGAAGAAAUAACCCUGUUCUGUCUCUUUAAGACCAGUUUGCUGUAAACAAUUAAAAAUAAAGUUAAAUGUUGAUCAUUCAAAAAUCAGCUGUGUGGUCAUUGUUUACAAUAUGAAGUGUUGGCUUAAGAGGUUUCACUGUGUUUUAUUCCUGUCCUGAGGUGUGUUUGUUUCAACACUGCAAACCUCAUUAUUUGAUUAAAAAUACUCCAAAGACACUAAUGCUCACAAGUGUUAGUCUAGAUAAAUUAUUGUGUUAAAAAUUAAAUAAAUAUAAAAAUAAAUGAAUAUGAAAAGUCAGGACAACAACAUUAUCAUAAUAUCUGUAGCUGCUUAUGUUCGAAAUCAUCGUACAAAUUAAUCUUGUAUAACUGAGUUUAUUAUGCUUUAUGUUUUCUGUAAAUUUGAAACAAAACAAAAUCAAAAUAAUUACAUGAAUGUGGUGAGAGAGUUUACAAGAAGUGUAGAAAAGCAUGUAAAAGGCACAAAUGAAGCAGACUCCAAAACUCAUCCCUGUCGAUCUCCUUGUUAAAAUGUCGAGCUUUACGAGAAAUAAACAUACAGAGAUGAAAAAACGAAUUGGUUUUCUCACUCUGCGCUCUCGUUACCACAACAGAUCAGCACAGCUUCACUUCGCUACGCCAACCCAGCUGUCAGUCUUGUGUUCCACUCGGCCCUCAUCGUGAGCAUGAUGCUAAAAUACUUUAACUCCUCCAUCUGGGGUAGUAACUCGUCCCUGACCCAGAACGAGCCCUCAACCCUGUUCUGGUUGAGAACAGUCGUUCAAGGAUAAUAUGAUAUCUUACCAAACUAUGGCUGUGAACUGUGUGGUGAGAUGCUUUAAACACUGAGAGCGGCUGAGCUGUAAUGUUUGCUAGCUGGUUGUUUUUCUCUGUUUGAUGGAUGUAAUUUAAUACUAAGAAAAUAAGUCCUACAUUUUUCUUCAAAGAUUCUUUUUUUAGGCAGACAUUUUUCCAAUGGAUAAACUGAGUAUCUCACAUUAUUCUAAACAGAUACGCAGCACUACAGGUCAGAGGGAAAAUAAAUACAUUUAAAUUGUUUGAAACUAGUGGAAAUUUUUAAAAAAGCAAACAGCUGCGUCUUGAUGGUAAAUCAUUUUAUUUAACAAAGUGUGUUACAUUUUUAUGUGGGUUGAACAGAACAGAGCCUGAAACAGCUGUUGUGGGUAAAUUCGUUCAGAAACCUGGGCGUCUUUCUGGGCGAUGGCCUCUGUCCCAUUCUUCACGCACACUAUUGAUCCAAUCAUUGUAGUUGGACACUUUUGUGUAGAUUCCCAGUUUGUCCAGCUGUCCGCAGCCCUCACCCCAGGAAACCAGGCCAACCAGGAACCAGGUGUCCCGGUACAGAGUGACCAUCGGGCCCCCACUGUCACCCUCACAGGCAUCCUUCCUCUUUCCAAGAAUACCGGCACAGAGGACGUUGUUGGAGAUCGCGUGGGGGAACAUCUGCUGAGUACAGAUGCUGUGGCUGACCAAUGGGAUUUCAAUAACGUUGAGUGCUGAGCUGUACUUAGUGCUGUUGAUGUCCUCUUUGCCCCAGCCAGACACAACAGUCAUGGUGCCGUUCAGGUGGAGCACCCGCUCGGCCAUCUCGCGUCCUGGCAGACAAACGGGUAUGAUGUACUCAUUGACGGGAGCAGGUGUCUGUAGGCGCAGCAGGGCAAUA